AUGUUCGGUUUCAUGGCGCAAGCUGCCGACUACCGCGGCUACAUUACAGCCCUCGACUGUCUUCUCUCUAUAUUGACAGCAGCAUGCGUCAUGCCCUCCUACAUCCGACCGUUCUUCCCGGUAGGCGGGUCGAUCUUCCCACGCGUUCUCAAAGCCCUCGUGAGCGUUAAGAAUAUCGAAACGGCUGCGAAGGACGCUGUCGCUGAGCGCUUGGCGCUAAUGAAGAAAGGAGAGUCUGGCGGAAAGGAGGAUAUCUUGAACAAUCUGUUUGAAAUUAUCUUGACUAAAGGCGAAAAGGUUGAUUUUGGCCUUACAGAAAUCACAGUAGGGAUUUACAUUGCACUGUAG